CCGGUUGUUUAGCCGUGCGACGUCAGAGGACCCGCUGAAAUUCAAAGUUUAGUGGAGGAGGUUAAAACUUCACUUCUGGUUCAUUGGUGCUCGUCUUUACCUGCGCUCGCAGCCGCACGCACAUUCUCAGCAUGGAGUCGGGAGAGGAAAAGAGCGGAACCCUGAAGCGACAGAGGGAUCCUCUGUCCGAUUCAGAUGACAACAGCCAGCCAGCAUCAGAGUUGAUGGACGGGCAGAAACGGAGACGUGUGGAAGCAGCUGGUCGGGAGAAUCGCAGUCCAAACCCGUCCUCUGCAAGGCUGGUGGAGGCGAAGACGAAGCCAGACACACCCAUCGUCCCUUCUGUUCGAUCCCUAGUGCAGCAGCUCAGCCAGAGAGGAGACGGAGCGGUCCUGCGUUGCCUCUCGGAUCCAGGCAGUGACGACAGAGGCUUCAAAGAGCAUCUCCUGGGUGAGAGAGAGUUCAACCAGCGACUGGAGCGCUUCAAAGUGCCGGUGUUCCCCGGAACCUCCUCCUCCUCGCCGAGCCCGUCCAAGGCGUGCCCGCUGACCCGCUCCGACUUUGUGAACGUCAUCCAGCAGAAGCUGAAGGGAGCGACCACCCCCAGCUCCAAGCAGGCGUCCCGGCUCCGCCAGGAGCGGGAGCAGGAGCUGAACCAGCUGCAGUUCCAGCCCAUCAGUGAGAACGCCUGGUUGAAGAGGAGCAGCUCUGACCCGUCCUUCAGCCAGGAUGAUGGAGAUGCUGAGAGGAACGAUGGAAGCUUCACUGAAGUUUUGACACCAGCUGCUGCCGUUCAGACCUCAGAUGUGGAGCUGAGCACCAACGAACAGAAUACCUCUGAAAUCAUCGACCAGAUGUUCGGGGAGGUUCUGGAGUACGCCCAGCAGAUGGAGCAAGAGGAGGAGCAGACCGAGGACCAAGACAGCGGCAUCGAGACCUUCUCUGCACCCAAAGAGAAGAAGGAUGAAGAGGAGGGACGAGCACAAGAAGAAGAGGAGAAUAACGGAGAGGAGCUGCUGACAUUUCCUCCCAGUGGGAUCCUCUCUCCUCUCAGCAAGUCCAUCGAAGCUGCUGUCACUCCUCUGAGACUGACUGUGAGCCAGGAGUCGUCCAACCCUCCAUCGCUGCUCCUCAGUCCAGAGGAGAGCACAGCUCCACUUCCUGAGUCUGCUCCUCUGUACAGUGUGGAUGCUUACCGCACUCAGAGACAGAAGAAGCCUCCCUCGGUGCAGAGCGUCACUCCUGGAGCUCAGAGACCAGCCAACAAGCCUCGAACUAACUUCAACAGCAAGGAGAGAAUCGCUGCCCUGAACGAGGAAGCGGCGAAGCUGCAGACGGUGAUCAGCCAGACGCUGCAGGCUCUGAGCUGCUGCACCGACGAAGAGCACGGACGAGGCUCGCUGGAAGAGGCCGAGGCCGAGAAGCUGCUGCUGGUCUCCUGUGAGAAGCGCUCAGCCCUCCUGGCCGAGGUGGGCAGACUGAGGGAGGAGAGGAGCUCGGAGGGCGGAGGAUCGGCGGGGGAGGGGCCAAACGCCUCCCAGCAGGCCUGCAGAGGCACCAUCAGCAUCACCAACAUCCAGCUGCCUCUGAAGGUGGAGUUCGUCUGCUCCUCACACAGCCGGGCAGGUCGGCCCAGCCACUACUUCUUCGUCCUGAUCCGAUACGGACCCUGUAACGUGGUGGCGACCCCGCUGGCCACCACCACCGACGCUCAGAACGGAGACACCAUCUCCUUCCCCACCUCCGUCACCCUGAAGGAUAUCCGCCCGUCUUUUGAGAUCGAUGUGGAGAUCUACAGUCUGUCCAACACUUCGGGAAGCAGCGGCAGCAUCGACAGAGCCUCAACCAAGUCCAGAGUCACGCCCAGAAAACUGCUCAGCACCAUCACUAGAUCCAGUCACACUCUGACAGCUGCAGCUCCUCCUGCUCUCAGCACCCGUCGUUCCAGUAACUUCACCCUGGUGGGUUCUCAUAAGAUCACGCUGGCCUCGCUGGGACAGAGCAAGUUCCCUCUGGACAAGAUGAAACUUGAAGGAAAAAUCAGGAGGCUGCUGGGAGAUGAGUUUCAGGAAAAGGUCCCCUUCCUCUCUCCUCUUGAGGGGAACAUCUACCUCCAGCUGGACAGCAGAAGUCACUCCAGCGUGGAGCACCGAGGCUUUCUGACCAUGUUCGAGCUGAUCAGUGGAUUCGGGGUGUGGAACCGCCAGUACUUCGUGCUGGAGGGAUGCGAGCUGAGCUACUGGAACCAUCCCAACGACAGAGAGACCAAGGAGGCAGAAGGCAGCCUGUCUCUGUCCAGCUCUCCCAGUCUGUGCGUCCGGACGGUCCAGCGGGACUCGUGCGCUCGACCUUUCACCUUCGAGCUGGUGAGCAGCGUCCAGCAGCAGAACGAAGGCGGCAGCAGCAGCGAGGAGGCUUCGCAGAAGCGCUGGUUUUCAGCCGACACCAAGCAGGAGAAGCAGGACUGGAUGGAGAAGCUCAGCCAGGCUCUGCUGGACUUCCACACGUGGAACCGAGCUCCAGCGGAGAGCCAGAAGGCGUCCAGCAGCGGGAACCUGAGAGAGAGCAUCCUGUGAUCCAUCAGGAGGUAGACCAGCUCUCUGAUCGUUUCCAGGAGACACACCGAGACUCUGCUGGGAAAAUAUACUAUCAUAGACUUCCAAUAGUCACCUCAUGUUAAUUUAACUUUGGGAGAGAUUUGGUUUUUGUGUCCUUAUUGUUUUAUUUCCUGAGGCUCUGCUGCCCUCUGAAUUGUUUGAGUUUCCAGGUUUUUGAUCAAAUCUGUUUUUAUUUUUUGUUUCUUCUCAUUUUGUUCACUUUCUGGGUGAAGGAUCCAGAUUUUUUUUUUUUCAUUGAAACUGUAAUGUUGAACACAUUUGCAUAGAAAUACAGUACUAAUGAAUCCUGAAGGAGCUGUGUGACCGUACUGAAGAGGAAAUGUUGGCUCGCUUCAUCGCGAAUGUACACAAACUAAGCUUCAAGUCAUAAUUAUUUACAUUGUUAACUCGGAAUUAACUGAUUUGUUGUUGGAGAGAUAAACCAGCUGUUGUGCUCUAAUUGGUCCAGAAGGAAAAGGAUGAGCUGCUGCUGAGAAAAUCUUUAAUAAGGUGAUUUUUCACUUUAUCAGAGGGAAAAAAAAAAAAAAAGUUCGCAGUUUUUUGCACAGAUAAGCUGGAAUCUGACAAUUUUGGCCAAAACCAGUUGAUUAAAUACUGUAAUUCAUCAUAACAUAUAAUUUAAUUUAGAAAAAGAUUAAAUGUUUUGGAGUGAAAAUAUCUAAAUUGUUCCAUUUUGCCUGUUGGACAUUAACAGUGUUAGAAGUGAAACUAUCCACUUCUUGGUGCCAUGAAGAGAAAUAUAACAUAUUUUCUAAUGUAAGCGUAUUUUACAUGCGAAGGGAGAAAAAAACAAACCGCUGGAGGUGCCGAGUCGCUGCUACGUGGACGUGAUCUGUUGAUGUCUGAUGUCUUUUUCCAUGUUUUCCAUCUGUCCGUCACUUUGUAAAUGUUGUUGUUGUGAACUCGUCCUGUGCGCCUCGUGGACCUCGGCAAUAAAAAGAGAAC